AUGACGACAACUCCGUUAUGUGUGUUUGAAAAACUAUCUAAAGCAGCUUUUAUGAAUGAAGUUCAAAAAUUUCCAGUAUUGUAUGACAAGUUUAAUAAAGAUUUUAAAGAUAAAUGGAAAAAGAACUUAUCUCCUAAUCAAGCGGAAGAGAAAUAUAAAAGCAUUCGAAGUAGUUAUGGAAGGUGGCUGAAAUCAAAAAAAAAUAUUCCAUCAGGUUCUAGAAGGAACUCAGUUCCACCUCAGUUUCUUCAGCUCGAUUGGCUAAAUACUUUUAUAGAACAUUGCGAAACAACAACCAGUAUUUGUUUACCUUCUGACUCCAGAUUAGAAACAUCGAAUUUGGAAGAAAACAUUGACAUGGUAUGUGAGCAAGUUGAAAACACUCAUCAUCCAUUUAAUAAUGAUCAUAUAUCUGAAGAUGUGACCACAGAAAACAGCUGUAUAAAUACUUGCGUGCAAGGAGAGUCAAGUGAGUCAACAAUUCAAGCUAAUAACAAAAAAAAAAGAAAAAAGUUGGAUUCUGAUGAUUUACUUGAUAGAACCUUAGUGAAAACAUUAGAAAAAAUUAACUCCAAUAUUGAAAAUCCGACUCUAGAAGAGCAGGAUGAAGAUUAUUUAUUUAUGAAAUCAUUAGUUCCGCAACUUAAGCAAUUAAACAACUAUUCUAAAGCCUUGGCUAAAGUUCAAAUACAAACUUUACUUCUUAAAUUAGAGUUUCCAGACAGAGGUGAAACUAUCUAG